AUGAAUGAUUACUAUGAAAGGAUACAAGCUGAUGAUGAGCGCUCUGAGAGAGACUUCCAGUGGAAACGUGUGCCAUUGAAUUUACACUGAAGACACUGAGAAAGACUUCUAGUGGAAACGUUUGCCAUUGAAUUUACACUGAAGACGCUGAGAAAGACUUCUAGUGGAAACGUUUGCCAUUGAAUUUACACUGAAGACGCUGAGAGACUUCUAGUGGAAACGUUUGCCAUUGAAUUUACACUGAAGACACCGAGAAAGACUUCUAGUGGAAACGUUUGCCAUUGAAUUUACACUGAAGACGCUGAGAGAGACUUCUAGUGGAAACGUUUGACAGACAGACAGAACAAAAAUAGAGAGGAAAUGUGAAAUUGAGCGAGAGGAAUAAAAUACAGAGAGAGAGAGAGAGAGAGAGAGAGAGAGAGGAGGGUUGUAAACAGGUAAGGGGUAGAGUUUUCCCAGUAGAGUUGUCUCAGUGUUUGAAACAAACGCACUCACUGGCACAGACACACUCUCACACUCGCACAGACUUACUGUCUCUGUGACCGAGCGACUCAGCCUUUCACAAAACGAGAGAAGGACGAAGAAAGAGGAGGAAAGAGGGAAGGGAGAGAGGGAGGGAGGUAGAGAGGAGUGCAGUGAAGACCAUUAAAAUAAGGAAGCCUGUCUACCUGCAAAACAAGCAAAAAGGAUAGAAAAGGAAAUCAAACUGAAAAGGUUUCAUGGUUCAUUCUAUCGGGGGAUGCAAUGCUUUUGGCCGGAGGAGAGCUGUGUUUAUCCCAGCUUCGUGUAUCACUGUCGUGGUUAUUAAUAUAGACCUACACUACACAGUAUCACCAUCCCUCCGGGAGAUGCACAUCAUUGGCCUGGCUUGGCUGGGCUGGGCUGGGCUCUCCAGACAUGGUCAGGACAUUCCUGAGCACCUGCAACAUUUUCAGAGAGCUUGUAAAAACAAGAACCUCCAGCUCUCUGAAUAAAUGAUACGCGCAUUCUCCCUGCUUGGGAAUAGGACCCUGAAUCUGUAACCAACUGACAUCGUAAACUUCCAACAAUCAGACUGCGUUCUCCCUGCUUCAUCCCUGAAUCUAGCUGGCAUUGUAAUAAUAAUAAUAAUAAUAAUAAUAAUAAUAAUAAUAAUAAUAAUAAUAAUAAUAAUAAUAAUAAUAAUUAAUUAAUUCUUAGUGCAUUUUCAGAGAGAAGGGCAUUAAAUACCAGCGAGAAACUUCGCCCCCACCUCCUGAAUAAAUAACAAGACCGUUCACUCUCCCUGCCUCUGGCACUGAGCUCCUUGUCAGUCUUCACUGUGAUGGUCGGGACUCUGCUCCUCCUCUCCCUCCUCUUCCUCUCCCUCCUCCUCCUCCUCCAGGCGCAGCUCUCCUCCUGCCUGCAGGGGGGAGGAGGGGGUCCCACUCAGCGGCUCCCGGGGGCCAUCAUCAUUGGGGUGCGGAAGGGGGGCACCCGGGCGCUGCUGGAAAUGCUGAACGUGCACCCCGACAUCCGGGCGGCGAAAUCCGAGGUCCACUUCUUCAACCGGGACCAGAACUACCAGUGCGGGCUGAGCUGGUACCGAGCCCAGAUGCCAGAAUCCCUGCCGGGUCAGCUGACCGUGGAGAAGACCCCCGGGUACUUCUCCUCCCCGGUGGCCCCCGAAAGGGCCCGGGCGCUGAACGCCUCGCUGCGGCUGCUCCUCAUUGUGCGGGACCCUGUGGAGAGGCUGGUGUCAGACUACACCCAGGUGCUGAGCAACCGACGGGAGAGAGGCAAGGGCUACCCGCCGCUGGAGCGGCUGCUGAUCCGAGAGGGGAGGGUGGACCCGAGCUACAAAGCGGUCCAGCGCAGCGUGUAUCACCUCCAGCUGGCGGCCUGGCUGCGCUGCUUCCCCCCGGGGCAGAUCCACGUGGUCGACGGGGAUGCCCUGAUCCGGGAUCCUUUCCCCGAGCUCCGCAGGGUGGAGGGCUUCCUCUCGCUGGCCCCCGCCAUCGCCCCCUCCGACUUCCGCUUCAACCACACCAAGGGCUUCUUCUGCCUGGAGAGCGGGGGCCGGCAUCGCUGCCUGGACGAGUCCAAGGGGCGCCCGCACCCCCCCGUCCGGCCGGCCGUCCGCCAGCGGCUCUGCCGGCACUUCAGAGAGCACAACCGGAGGUUCUUUGAGAUGGUGGGGCGCAGCUUCGACUGGUGCUGAAUCCGGGCUGAAGCAGGGCUGGAUCGAGGCCGGAUCAGGGUUGAAUCGGGGCUGAAUCAGACCUGAAUCGGGGCUGAAUCAGUGCUGGAUCGGACCUGAAGCGGGGCUGGAUCAGUGCUGGAUCGGGGCUGAAUCAGGGCUGGAUCGAGGCUGAAUCGGACCUGAAGCGGACCUGAAGCGGGGCUGAGUCUGGGCUGGAUCGGGGCUGAAUCUGACCUGAAUCUGGGCUGAAUCGGGGCUGAACUACAUUGGAACUGAACUGGAAUUAAACUGGAACUGUCAAUCAAAUCCUGAUUGAUUAAAAUCAUUAAAAAUGAAUUAAUUAAUUUUCUCUCUCUCCUCCUUUCUCUCCUUUCUCUCUCUCUCCUUUCUCUCUUUGGUUCGGUAGAUGGUUUGGUAGACUGAUUUUAUAAUUGAUAAACUUCUUUAGAAUUAAUAAAAAAAUAAAUAAACAAAAAUAAAGUCGGAUUUAUAAGUCUUGCAAGGUUUUGUUUGAAUGUACAGAAAAAGUUUAGAAACACUAAAAUAAUUCAAUGGCAAACGUUUCCACUAGAAGUCUCUCUGUGUCUUCAGUGUAAAUUCAAUGGCAAACGUUUCCACUAGAAGUCUUUCUCAGCGUCUUCAGUGUAAAUUCAAUGGCAAGCGUUUCCACUAGAAGUCUUUCUCAGUGUCUUCAGUGUAAAUUCAAUGGCAAACGUUUCCACUAGAAGUCUUUCUCAGCGUCUUCAGUGUAAAUUCAAUGGCAAGCGUUUCCACUAGAAGUCUUUCUCAGUGUCUUCAGUGUAAAUUCAAUGGCAAACGUUUCCACUAGAAGUCUCUCUCAGUGUCUUCAGUGUCAAUUCAAUGGCAAACGUUUCCACUAGAAGUCUUUCUCAGUGUCUUCAGUGUAAAUUCAAUGGCAAACGUUUCCACUAGAAGUCUUUCUCAGUGUCUUCAGUGUAAAUUCAAUGGCAAACGUUUCCACUAGAAGUCUUUCUCAGUGUCUUCAGUGUAAAUUCAAUGGCAAACGUUUCCACUAGAAGUCUUUCUCAGUGUCCUCAGCUCUAGCCAGUGUAGAGCCCAG